UGGCUCUUGCCCACCUCACGCACAUGGUCAUUAACUGGUGGUUGGUUGAAUAGAAAAUUACGUUUGGACCAUUAAAUCACUCAGUGCCCCAUGCACAAUCAUUUCCAAAACCAACCCUCUAACUCUGAAACCAUUUUUAAGAGUAUGUUUAAGUGUGAUGAUUAAUUUUAGACUAGAUGUAUUACUAUACAACGAUAACUCAAGUGUUUGACACACUGUUUGGCAAACCAGGAAAUCUUUGACAUUUGGCCAGUUCCAGGAAGUGACAUAGCAAGCUCAAGUGAGAAAAACAUGAAAAAAGACUUGAGAAAUUGUAUAAUCAAAAAAAGGGAAAUGUGAACAAAAGCCAACGGUUAAAAUCAGACGUGUGUGGGGGAUGUCAAAAGGCGUCCCCAGAACUGACUGAAUCACUUGCUCAUCUGACCAUGUCUCAAGUGUCUAUAAGACAUUGGACAUUUCUGUCUUGGUGUCCAUUUCCAGAUACAGUGCUUAUAGUGCUGUCACUGACAGGUAAUCAAGUGUCUGAGCUUGCUUUUGAACUCAGCAAGUCAACCAGGCCUUCACCAGACAACAUGGGAGACUUUGGGUUCCUCUCCAAGUUGCUGAACAAAGUGCAGACGCACUCCACAGUGGUAGGGAAGGUCUGGAUGAGCGUCCUCUUCCUUUUCCGUAUCAUGGUCCUGGGGGCCGGAGUGGAGAGCGUGUGGGGUGACGAGCGGUCCAACAUGAUAUGCGACACCAAGCGGGUCGGCUGUGACAACGUCUGCUACGACUGGAAGUUCCCCAUCUCGCACGUGCGCUUCUGGGUGCUGCAGAUCAUCUUCGUGUCCACGCCCACGCUGCUCUACCUGGGCCACGCCGUGCACGUCAUCCACAGGGAGAAGAAGCUGCACGAGCAGAUUAGGAAGCCCGUGGAGGGCGUGGUGUUCAAGGGGCCCAAGUACACCGACGACCGGGGCCGGGUGCAGAUCAAAGGCGUCCUCCUGCGCAGCUACAUGGCCCAGCUUUUCUUCAAGAUCCUCCUGGAGGUGGCGUUCAUCGUGGGUCAGUACUACCUGUACGGCUUCUUCAUGGACCCUAGGUUCGAGUGUGAGCGCUACCCCUGCUUUCAUAUAGUGGAGUGCUUCAUGUCAAGGCCCACGGAGAAAACCAUAUUCAUCCUCUUCCAGCUAGUGGUGGCCUGCGUGUCCCUGUUCCUCACCAUCCUGGAGGGAUUCUACCUCCUCUGCAAGCAAUUGAAGAGGAAAGAUCGCCACGUACGCCAGCCCAGCAGCAUUCCAAUGACCUGACAGCCACGUGCAGACAUGGCAGACGCCGUGAACCAGAACAAAGCCAAUAUGUCCUACGAGGGGGAAAAGCAACUUUGAUUGAUCUCAAAAGGUACAUUGGACAGUUUUUUGUUUUUAAAGUUGGAAAAUGAAAUAACUUGAAAAUAAGGCAUUUAGUGAUCUUCAAAAAGCUUGGAAGCUGGUCAUCAUCCGAUCUCCUCUGCAGGAUAUAAUGAUUUAUUUUGUAUAACAAAAUGGUAUUGACACACAUUUCAUAUUUAAAGAUGUCACUUAAAUAGUACUUCACUGAUUCAUCUUUGUUACUUGAUGCACUUUAUGAGGUAAACAUCAGCACUUAAGACAUUAGUUUCUGUGCUACUAACAUGUUUUCUUUGGUUUCAUAUGGAUUUUUAUAUCAUUUAAUACAGAGAGGAGACUCUCAUGGCAGAGACCUUGCCACAUAAAAAGGGACUUUUUGAGAUAAAGACCAUCAAAUACUUGUUCUACUACUUUUAUUGUCUUGUUUGGACCAUGUCCCCUCUGCAACCAUUCAGCAAUAGGAGCUAAGGUUCCAAAUGGCAUUUUAAUCAGUGAACCACAGGGUGGCAGCACAACACACAGAGAGGUGAAAUCCACGCAGGGCACAGAGCUUUGCACUUCUCAGUUCCCUCUCCUAUGUGUUCAUACUUCAGCACUGAGAUCUAUCCCUUACAACGAUCCCUACCUGAAAGACUUUUCACCCCAUCUAAAUGUCACGUGGGAUGAGGUUUAGUUAUGGGAAACAUCCCAGAAAACACAUGUAGAUACAAAUACAGACAGACAGACAGACAGAAAGACAGAA